AUGCAAUUCAAGAAGACCGCUCUAGCUACCGUUGCUGCUGUCUCUUCAACAGCUUACGCUGCUAACUCUACUUCCUCUCAAUCAGUAGCCUCUGGUUGUAGUCUAGGUACUAGUGCUACCGCUACCGCUCAAGCCGAUUUAGAUAAAAUCGCCAGUUGUACCGAAUUAGUAGGUAAUUUGACCAUUACUGGUUCUUUAGGAUCUGCUGCUUUAGCCAACGUUAAGAAAAUCGAUGGUUCUUUACGUCUAUAUAACGCUACCGAUUUAGUUAAUUUCUCUGCCGAUUCUUUAACUAUUGUCACUGGUGGUUUGACUCUAGAAGAUCUAACCGUUUUGGCUAGUGCAUCCUUCGGUUCUUUACAACAAGUCGAUUCCAUUAUCUUACAAACUUUGCCAGCUAUUAGUACUUUUUCAACAAAUUUACAAAAGGCUAAUAACAUUCAAAUCUCAGAUACUACUUUGGAAUCUGUUGAUGGGUUUUCAACUUUAAAAGAAGUCUCUGAGUUAAAUAUUAAUAAUAACAGAUAUUUAUCAUCUUUCAAUUCUUCUUUAGAAUCUGUUAGUGACUCUUUACAAAUCUCUUUCAAUGGUGAAUCUACCCAAGUUUCCUUCAAUGAAUUGGUUUGGGCUAAUAACAUCACUUUAAGAGACGUUGAACAAGCUACUUUCCCUAAAUUACAAACUGUUAAUGCUUCCUUAGGUUUCAUUAAUAACACUCUAUCUAAUAUCACUCUAAAUAAAUUGACUAAAGUUGGUCAAACUUUUUCAGUGACUUCCAAUGAAGAUUUAACCGUCUUAGAAUGUAAGAAUUUAACUUCCAUUGGUGGUGGUUUUGUUGUCGCUAACAACACCAACUUACAAAAGAUCGACGGUUUCUCUAACGUUCAAACUGUUGGUGGUGCCGUCAUCGUCACUGGUGAAUUCUCUAGUCUGGAUUUAUCCUCUUUGAAAUCUGUUAGAGGUGAUGCUACUAUUGAAACUAACGCUUCCAAUUUCUCUUGUUCUGCUAUUAAGAAAUUACAAAGUAAUGGUGCCAUUCAAGGUGAUUCCUUCGUUUGUAAGAACGGUGCAGUCUCUUCUUCAUCUUCUUCAGCUGUCACCUCUUCAACUAAGUCUGGCUCAAAGACUUCUUCAAGCUCAAAGACUACUUCUUCAGACUCUAACUCUUCUUCAAGUUCAAGUUCAAAGUCUAAGGGUAUGGCUGCUCAAGAUUUCAUCCCUGUCAACUCAGUUAUGGGUGCUAUCGCUGCUGCUGCCAUCGCUCUAUUAUAA